AUGUCGAAAUUACAGUGCAGUGCCGGGAUACGGUCGGUGUUCUGCUACGGCACGCUCUUCAGCACUUCGAGGCGUGCCUUUACCACCCUCCCAAGUCUCAAGGCCGGUGGCCAUGAGAACCCUUUGGGACUGCCGCGUUCAGGCACGCCACCCAACCUGGCAGCACGGAUGAAACGAGGUCUACCAGAGAAGAGGCCGAUACCAAACGUCAGCAAGAUCAUCGCCGUUAGUAGCGCAAAGGGCGGCGUUGGCAAAAGCACAAUCGCUGUCAAUCUGGCCCUGGCCGCUGCUCGAGAAGGCAUAUCUACUGGCAUUCUUGAUACGGACAUCUACGGACCCAGCAUUCCAACGCUACUUGGUCUGGAAGGACUAGAACCCGAGCUCGACAGCAGCAACCGUCUGGUCCCACUCACAGCGUAUGGCCUCAAAGCAAUGUCAAUGGGCUUUCUCGUCCCUCAGGCCAGUCCGGUAGCCUGGCGAGGGUUGAUGCUACAGAAAGCUUUGAACCAGCUCCUAUUUGAGGUCACUUGGCCUAAGCUGGACUUGCUGGUGUUGGAUUUGCCACCUGGGACGGGCGAUGUUCAAUUAACCAUUAGCCAAAGUUUGGAGCUCUCAGGUGCUAUCAUUGUUUCGACACCGCAGGAUCUCGCUCUGCGAGAUGCAGUCAGAGGUGUUGACUUCUUCAAGAAAGUGAAUGUCCCUGUUUUCGGAAUGGUCCAGAACAUGAGCGCCUUCAUUUGCACCAACUGCGGGCACGCCCACGACAUCUUCGGCCUUGACGGAGCCAAACGUAAGUGUGCAGAGCUGGGCAUCAAACUGCUCGGCGACAUUCCACUUCAUCCGCAAAUAUGCACCGACGCCGAUGCGGGUCGACCCACAGUGGUUGCAAACAGCGAAGGCCCUCAAGCUCAAGCUUUCACGACUCUCGUCCGGCAGCUCAAGGCUGAGCUGGGCGUCGACUGA